CUGGGAGAGCAAGAUGGAUCACCAGCAGCUCUACUGGAGCCAUCUGAGGAAAUUUGGCCAGGAUUCUCGUUCUUGCCUUGUCCACUCAAACUGGCACAGUCUGAUCUGGAAAUACAGCCUCAACAGGUGCUGCCAGUGUUUCCAUCAGUACUAAAAGGAUAUAGGCUUCAUUAAGUUGGAUUAAAUGACCUUCCUUGAAUGGAUCAUCCAAGAUA